UGGUUUCAGAAUUUCCUUUAGCUUUUCUUUCUUGAUUGUAGUAUUCUUUCCAUCUUUUGGGGCAAAAGCCCAAAAAUCCUUGAUGCUUUGCCCCUUUUUUGCAUGUACCUUUUGUUACAAAGGCUUUGUCGUCAUAGAUCAAUCCACACAUAUUCACUUUCUUUUUACACUAAACUGAUUGAUCAGUGUUUAAGAUGGAAAAGACCCAAUUUUGCAAAAUCCAUUCAUGCCCAGCUGAUAAAGCUUGGUUUUAAUGGCACUUUUCUGGGAAAUCGUUGCGUUGAUAUGUAUAGCAAAGUUGGCCUUUUUAAUUAUGCUUUGAAAGUGUUCGGUGAUAUAGCUGAUAGGAAUGUUUAUUCUUGGAAUAUAUGCUUGAAAACGUAUGCACAACAUGGUGAUUUUGAGAAGGCGCGUUUAAUAUUUGAUAAAAUGCCUGAAAGGGAUGUUGUGAGCUGGAAUUCAAUGAUUUCAGGGUAUGUGUCAUGUGGGUUCUCAGAGCAAGCGUUGGAGUUGUUUCUUGAUAUGCAGAAAAAUGGUGUUAGGCCGAGUGGGUUUACGUUUUCGAUUUUGAUCUCGUCUGUUGAAUGUGUCUUUGCUGGUAAGCAAAUACAUUGCAGUAUGUUGAGAAAUGGUGUCGGUUUUUCCAAUGUGGUGGUUGGCAAUUCUUUGAUUGAUAUGUAUGGGAAGGUUGGCGUUGUGGAAUAUGCUCUUAGUGUGUUUUGGAGUAUGAAGGAGGUGGAUGUCAUAUCCUGGAACUCAUUGAUCUCGGCUUGCUGUAAAUCAGGUUAUGAAGAAUUAGCAAUUGACGUGUUCUGUUGGAUGAGAUAUCAAGGAUAUGCACCAGAUGAGUUUACCGUGUCGAGAGUGAUUUCAGCCUGUUCUGGCUCGCGGAAUUUGGAAAAGGGUAAACCAAUUUUAUGUCUUUGUAUAAAGAUGGGGUUUUUCUCGAAUACUAUUCUUUUAAGUGCUGCUAUUGACUAUUUAUCUAAAUGCAACAGAAUGGAGGACUCGGUGCACAUAUUUGAAGAAUCUAGUAUUUGGGAUUCAGCUCUUUGCAAUUCCAUGAUUUCAGCCUAUUCACAGCAUGGUGUAGAAGGGAAAGCAUUUGGGAUUUUUGUCGUUUCAAUAAGGGAGAAUAUUAGGCCAACUGAGUUCACUCUUAGCUCUGUUCUCAAUUGUGCUUCAGCCUUCUUAGCGUUGGAGCAGGGAAGUCAAGUCCAUUCUUUAGUGAUCAAAUCAGGGUUUGAAUCAGAUUCUAUUGUUUCCAGUUCACUUGUAGACAUGUACUUUAGAUUUGGAUUAGUUGAUGCUGCCCUGGGGAUCUUUGCUACCAUGGUUGUGAAAGAUCUAAUAGCUUGGAAUACUGUAAUAAUGGGAUUGGCUCAUAAUGGAAAAUUUCUUGAAUCUAUUGGCCUUUUCAAGCAACUAAAAUCUAGGGGACUAGUGCCAGAUAAGAUUACAUUUUCUGGUGCUCUAUUGGCAUGCAGAUACGGUGGAUUGCUUGAAGAAGGAAUGGCUAUAUUUUCUUUAAUGGAAAAGGAUUAUGGAAUUGCACCCAGGGAUGAACAUUAUGCUUGUGUUGUGGACUUGAUGAGUCGAGCAGGUAAACUUAAAGAAGCAAUAGCUAUAAUGGAAGUUAUGCCCCAUCCACCCAAUGCUCUGAUGUGGGAAUCAAUACUUUGUGCUUGUAGAAUUUAUGGAGAUUUGAAACUUGUUGAAAAAGUUGCAGAGAGAAUGAUUGAUUUGAAAAUAGAGUCAUUAUUGUCUUGUUCAGUGUUGGCUCAAGUGUACGAGCACAAUGGUAGAUGGGAAAGCCUAGUUAGAGUAAGGAGGUUUAUGAAGCAGAAAUAUGAAGUGUUUGAUUCUAGUUGGGUUGGAUUUGGAGGCAACGUAUAUGCUUUUGAAACAAACGAAACAUUUCACCAAGGUGGUGAGGAUAUCUAUUCAUUGUUGAGAUUAUUGACCCUGGAGACGCAAGAUCAAGUUUACCUAUGAUAGCACUUUUUGGGGUGUAAAUUGGAAGAGCAGGUUGUAAGUAGAACAGAAGCAUGGAGCAACGUGCGUUUUUGCACCCUUGGAAAAAUCACUGAGUACCCUUUGAUUUCCCCUUUGACAUCAAAAUUUGUCGAGGAAGCUUUCAACAAAGGUAUCCUUUUACCGAGAAUCUAUUAAGCAUACACAUAUUUUGAAGUGGAGGAGUUGCUAUUGCAUUUGCUUAUACUUUCAACGAACCUGGAUGCAUCUGCCUUUUAACUUGUGCUUUGAAUGAGAACAGUCUCAUAUCUUAUUCUUAGAUAUGGAACAAGACCAAAGAAUGGUCAAAACAAGCAACUGAAUUUUUCCCUAUUAGCAUGAAGACUGUCUCAUAUUCCUUAAUUGUUCUUGAGUUGAAGAGACGCCUCAACAUAUAUUCAUUUUGGGACAUUCCUGCUGCUAUUUCUUGGAUGACAGUAAGUUCAAUUGUUCUGAUACUCUCAACAAGGAAUCCUGUUUUGAUGACUGAGAGGAUCUAAGCCAGGAAACUUUCCUACUCAUGUUCAUCCUGCAAGGUCAGUGUUUCCACUGGCGAUAUGGAAGCUCCUUGGUAAGCCCUAUGAUAUCAGCAAAGCUACUCAACUACUUGUUAGAUAAUGGUUACUCGGUAGUAACAGUCUCGACCGAAUUAAUGGUUUAUACUUGUAUUAAACAUGCCAGUGUAGAUAAUGUCAAUCCUUUAUGUUAAAAAAGAUCUAUGGUCAUUGCUUGUGCUAUUCUUUUUUGUGUGCUAGGAACAGAUAUUUAAAAUGUAAUCAA